UCGACAAAGUUUAACCACGUUUUAACAUUCUACACCUCCCAAAUGCCAAACCAUGUGAAUCUUUGGUCGAGGCCACGUUUUUUUAUUAAGCGUAGGCUCGUUUGUUUGAUGGGCCAAUCACUUUGUUAUCAGGAAGCAAUAUCCUACACCCAGAACCACUGCUCAAGUACUCAACCUCCUUCUUUGAUUCUUCACCAAGGCGACGAUGUGAGGCCUAUCCCUGCACCAUUUGGGGAGGAAAGAGGAAGAGGAAGAAGAACAAGGAUGGCUGAGGAUACACUCCAAGUUCCAAGAGUGCAACUGGGAAGUGAGGGAUUCGAGGUCUCCAAGCUUGGAUUUGGGUGUACUGGGUUUACUGGAAUCAACAAUAGUGCUCCAGUCAGUGAAGAGCUUGCAUUAUCAAUCAUCAAGCAUGCAUUUGAUAAAGGAAUAACAUUCUUUGAUACAUCAGAUAUUUGUGGACCACAUACUAAUGAAGUUUUGGUGGGAAAGGCAUUAAAGCAGUUGCCUCGAGAUGAAGUUCAGUUGGCCACAAAGUUUGGUAUGGUAAGAAUUGAGCCUAAUCAAGUUAUAGUUAAUGGCACUCCGGAAUAUGCCCGCUCCUGUUGUGAAGCUAGUCUGAACCGCCUCGGUGUUGACUACAUCGAUCUUUACUAUCAGCACCGGAUAGACACAUCAGUCCCAAUAGAGGACACUAUGGAAGAGCUAAAGAAGCUGGUGAAUGAGGGGAAGAUAAAGUAUAUUGGAUUAUCUGAAGCUAGUGCAGAAACAAUAAGGAGGGCACAUGCAGUUCAUCCUAUUACUGCUGUACAAAUGGAGUGGAAUAUUUGGACUCGUGAAAUUGAGGAAGAAAUUGUCCCUCUUUGCAGGGAACUUGAAAUUGGGAUAGUGACAUACAGCCCUCUUGGUCGUGGAUUUUUUGCUGGCAAGGCAAUGGUGGAAAGUUUGCCUGCAAAUAGUUUUCUGCAAUCACUUCCUCGUUGUCAAGGCGACAACCUUGAGAAAAACAAGAUUCUUUAUGGUAAAGUACAAUACUUGGCUGAGAAACAUGGACGCACCCCUGCACAACUCGCGCUUGCGUGGAUUGUUCAUCAAGGUGAUCAUGUGGUACCUAUCCCUGGGACAACUAAGACUGAAAAUAUUGAUGCUAAUAUCGGUUCCUUGAGAGUGAGACUCACUGAAGAAGAUAUACAGGAGAUAUCUGAUAUGAUACCCAUCAAUGCAGCGACAGGGAAUAGAGUAUCCGAUAGUCUUAUUCGCUGCUCUUGGAAGUUUGCAAAUACACCACCAAAAAGCUAGCAAAUGCAACUAAGAGAAGCCUUUAGUCAUAACAUAGAUGACAGUCUGCGAUGCUGUUGCAUCUCUGUAUUACUAACAUUCUGAUGUUGGUUUGCAAUGAAAUCGAAAGUUUGUUGGAGCAGAUUAAUGCGAAUUAAGUGCAAACAUAUGUUAGUCAGCUGCACUAAUUUGGUGCACAGUUUAACAAA